AUGGGCAUUGACUUUCCACACAGAAAUUAUUCAUUGAUUACGGAGUACUUGCGUGAAAUAAUCAAAAUGUGUAACGUUAUUCUGGACAAAACAUUGUGUGAAAAGAGUCUGGAAGAGGUCUCGCCUAAAACUAAAACGCAGAAAAACAACAUAAGGACUCGUAAAAGGAACAAAAGGAAGAAAUUAGAAAAAAAUUUGGAAAAGAGCAAAAAACAGGAGGAGAGUCAAACUAAUAGACACAUUUUUAGUCAAGGCGAUUAUAAGUCCCCUAAGUUGACUAGUGACCCUGAGGAACUUCGUAAGAAUUCCGUUGGUUGGGGUAUGGCCUAUUGGAAUGAAGAUAAUGAAAAAACGAGUAAAGACGGUGAUAAAACUGUUACGAACCAACUCGAUAAUAUCGGUUCCAAUCCUUCGAGAGCCAAUGAAGUAAAGAGACAAGAAGCAAUCAAAGAUAACUUACCUAACCAUGAAAUUAAAAGAGUUGGUAAUUGCACCUGUCCAGUUCUCAUUGAAUUACCAGGAGGCUAUCCUUGUUCCUGUGGAUCUUCUAAAUUAACGGACGGUCAUAUCAUCAAAACCGAUAUCGAAAAAAUUUUUAAUGAGCCCCCGCCGGAACUCGAACCUCCGAUUCAACCACAGAAGGUGAACCCAACAGUCCAAGAUCCACCAUCUUCAAAAUGGAUAUCGCAAAUAAAUGAUUGUGUUCUCGCAGGGUUAGAUCCGGUUAAAAGCCAUGGCGGCGAAAACAGAGAUAAUUGCAAUCGCGUUAAUGGGUCCUCUGGAAAAAUGCCCUAUUCUCAAGCUGCAAACAGCAGAUCGGUGAAUGAGACGAAAUUCGAUAGUCGAGUUUCUCAGGGGAAUAGCACGAAUCAAGACAAUAGAGAAAAUGACAAUAACGGACAAAAAAGUGAUAAAAAUGAAUCACCCAUCACCAAAAAAUCAAUUUCGUCAAUUGUCCUCAAUAAAGUUAGAUCAAUCGCACUCUUCGUCUUAUUCGAUGAAAACAUGGUCUUUGUUCCAGAAAUUGAUGAAUUGCACCAAUUAGGAUUUCAUCCCAUUAUUCGAAUGGUUCCUCCAGAUUGUCACAAUUAUACAAACACGAAAGAAUUUAUUAUCGACGUGGCAUUGAAUUGUUGGGCUAACGGAUGGAGAAUUGUCUUAUUUGUAUCAACUCCGAAUUCAGAAUUACACGACGGCUUUAUUAGAAUACUGCGUGAAAUUUUUCUCAAGCUCACAUUGGACAUCAUUGUAAUUCGGAACACCAAUAGUUCUUACCGCAAUUGGAGAUAUUAUGAAGCUGGUGUUAGCGCCGUUAUAGUCAAUAGCAAAAAAGAAGCGAUAAUGCACGUCUUGUCAAGCACGGAUAAUCAAAUAUCGAGAACCGAAGGAGUUGUCAAAUUCUAUGAGAAAUAUAACAAUUAUUAUGAGUUUACAAAUUUCUAUUUGGCUCCAAUAAUCGUCGAUGGUGAACGGUGGCCCUCGACUGAACACUAUUCGUCAAAGUUUGAGGAUAAAUAUCAAACUCUUCGCGAAAGAAUUAGAACGUUUAUUCAUGCACGCGAUGCAUUCAGAACUGCACGAGAAUAUGACAAGUGUAAGCGCUCCAAUUGGGAGAUGCCUCUUGGAAACCCAUUUAAGGAAGAAAUCAUGAGAAAAGCAUUGAAAUGCAAAUUUACACAGCAUGAGAAUCUAAAAUACUUGAUCCUUUCCACUGGAACAGCAAGAAUUUACGAACACACAAUCAACGAUCGUUACUGGGGAGAUGGAGGUCCGUAUGGUGGAGGUUUGAAUCGCCUGGGUGUGCUAUUGGAAGAGGUCAGGUAUCAAUUAAUGCUCAAUGAGUGCCUGCGAAUGUCUUACAAAUAUGCAAACCGAUAUAGGUGGAUGGUGCCCGAGCUGCACGUGUUGUUUAGUCUUGAGGAUAUAUAA